AUGUUUCCGGCUGCAUCUCGCUACCACGUGGGAUCUGCUGCCAUUUCAGGGAUCCGGCUCGCGCUCCUGUCCUCGGCGAUGGGAAGCUGCUGUGAAAUCCCCUCCGCGCUGGGCCGCGCUCUCGGCUCCGCCGCCGCCGCCGGGUCCGGCCGGGACGCGCAGAGCUCGGCAGAGGGAUCCAGAGCCGUGUUCCGAACGGCCGAGAGCGACCCGGCCAACCAUGGAGAGCUCCACGAGGGCCGCCACUACAACAUUGCACUUCAGGAGGUGAGAGCCGUGUUUCCACACGGGCUGCCCAGCCCUUUCCAGCAGCAGAUUAAGACCUUCAACGAGGCUUCUGUGAUGGUGCGAAAACCAGCUCUGGAACUUCUCACUUACCUGAAAAGCUCCAGCUUUGCCAACCCGGUGAUCAGAUACGUUAUCUAUGGUGAGAAGGGCACCGGGAAGACGAUGACCCUGUGCCACGUGGUUCACUACUGCGCGCGGCAGGGGUGGCUGGUGCUGCACGUCCCCGACGCUCAUCUCUGGGUGAAAAACUGCAGGCAGCUCAUGCAGUCAUCCUAUAAGAAAGACCGGCUCGAUCAGCCUUUGCAAGCAUCUUCCUGGCUAAAGAACUUCAAAAUCACAAAUGAGCAUUUCUUAAAAGAGAUAAAAACACAACGAAAAUACAUGUGGGGCAAACGAGAAUGCACUGAGGAGGGCAGACCCUUGGGGGAAGUAGUGGAGCAGGGUUUGGCGCGCGUGCGGGACGCCAGCGACGCCGUCGGGGUGGUGCUGAGGGAGCUGAAGCAGCAGAGCGGCCUCGGCGCCUUCCGGCUGCUCGUGGCAGUGGAUGGAGUCAACGCGCUCUGGGGAAGGACGACCCUGAGGAAGGAAGACAAAAGCCCUGUUUCUCCGGAGGAGCUGACGCUUGUGCACAAUCUGAGGAAGAUGAUGGUGAACGACUGGAACGGAGGUGCUGUCGUGACAACGCUGAGCCAGACGGGCUCCCUCUUCAAGCCGAGCUCCGCGUAUCUGCCCCACGAGUUGCUGGGGAAGGUGAGCGCCAUCCUCAUCUCCCCUCCGCCACGCUGGGGAGCAGAGAUGCACGAAAUAAACCCCCUGGACGAGGGGCGGCUGAGCGCCUUCGGCCACGGCGACGGGCUCAUGCGGGACCCGGCCUGCCUGGAGGAGCUGGACGAUCGGCUGCAUUUCUUCGUGGAGGAGUGUGAUUAUUUGCAGGGAUUUCAAGUGCUGUGUGAUCUGCACGAUGGCUUUUCCGGCGUGGGAGCCAAGGUGACAGAACUGCUCCAUGACGAGUAUUCUCGCAAGGGAAUCCUGACCUUCGGCUUGACUCCAGUCAUUCAUAAAACAGAACAGCUGGAGAAGGAUGUCUACAGGCUGCUGAACACGGCCCUGGGCAUCGUCCAUCUCUCCACUCACAGCUCGCUCUUCUGCCCCUUGUCACUCAACAGCAGCCUCGGCCUCAAGCCCAAGCCUCCUGUUACCUUUCCCUAUCUAAACUAUGAUGCAGCGCUCGACUACCACAGCAGCGCGGUGCUGGCGGCUGCCCUGGACACCGUCACCGUUCCCUACCGCCUCUCCGGCUCCCCGUGCUCCAUGCUGCACCUCGCCGAGGCGCUCGGCUUCUCCGGGCGCAAGGUGGCGGCUGCGCUGGCGGCUGUGCCCCUUCCCGUUGUACACGGCCACUCGCUCCGGGACACUCUGCGCACCCAGCAGCAGGGCCUGCCCUGGAAACUCCUGUCGUCAGGCGGAGAGCAACAGGUCAGCCGCUGUUUUGCUCAGUCUGUUGUGCUAAGAGGAAUUUGCAAAGAAAAGCCUAGCAGCAGCUUCCCAGGAAAGCGGCCCCAUUCCGCACUCCAGGCGUAUGAGAGCGAGGAGGAGAUUCUGCAGCGUUACCUACAAACGUUGUUUCCUGGCGCGUUCAGCACAUCUCACGUGCUUGAGCAGCCCUGUCCUACCUUACCUCCCUACCCGCAGUUCUUUUCCCCUCUCCUCACCAAACAAGGCCUCCUUUUGGACAAACCCCUCGGCUCCUCCUCGCCAGCCGUGCGGAGCGUCCCGGUGGCGGCGGCGCUGCAGUCGGGGCCCGUCCUGCACGCGCUGCUGCGGGGGCUGCACCGGGAGCUGCGGGCGCUGGACACGCGGCGCUGGGCCGGCUUCUUCGCCGCGGGGCUCGAGGAGGAGGAUUUUCGGGAGGCCCUGCACGCGCUCCGAGCCCUGGCAGACUGCUAUAAAACACAUCUGGAGGCCGAUGAAUCUGAAGAUGAAACAGAUUCGGACUAACUCAUCUUUAUUACUG